UGGUGCGAAACUGUCUCCUCCUACUUCAGGUACAAUAGGGAUUUUCAGCACUCAAUCUGAAGCUACAUUCUGAUAAUGAAUUAGUUUAUUUCCAUCAAAGAAAAUGUUUGGAGAACAAAUUGGUUUUGUGUUGCAUGUCCACGUUUUGGCGCAAAGUGCCAUAUUAACAUCAUCUAUCAUUUACAUUCUUAAGGCUGCAUUGGGUCCAUAUAAUAUAAUAGCGGUUUGGCGUCCAAAUAGAAGACAGCAAGAAAGUUCUGUCGCCAUAAGUUAAAGGUUGCUUUAGUCGUCCUUUUCCCUCAAUUUUGUCAUAUUUUCCAUGUUGUCUACCUUCCCAAAUCACGACAAGACGACAAAAUCACAGACGAGCUACCAUACUGAAGCGAAGUAAUUUCGGCACUAAUAUAGGUCAGUCAUAUGUGUCCAUCUUGUUUAUAUAUCAUUGUUUGUUUAUCACGAGCUUAAUGUGCGUGUACACACCUAUUUUUUAUUUUUACUCAGGUUCAUCUUUUGAACAGGAAAGUUACGCAACAUGCCAAAGCGGGGACUGAUAGAAAGGCUUAAUGCCGGGGAAAACGUGCUGAUUGCCAAUGGAUACAUGUGGGAGUUCGCUCGCCGGGGGUACCUAGCUCUUGGCGGAUAUGUACCGGAAGUGGUGAUCGAACAUCCGAAAUUGGUAACACAGCUUCACGAGGAGUUUGUUCACGCCGGAACUGACGUACUGCCCGCCUUCACUUAUUUUGGACACAGAGAGAAGAUGCGUUCGAUUGGUAGAGAGGCUGAAGUUGAAGACUUAAACAGACAGGCUCUGAAAAUUGCCAGAAAAGUGGCGGAUCGAACCGGUAGUCUUAUGGCUGGGGGCGUGAGUCAUACUCAAAUUUACUCUGCAGAUGACCCAGCAACACACGAUAAAUGCAGAGCAAUAUUCAAGGAGAUGAUUGGAUGGGCGGUAGAAGAAGGGGUGGACUACAUAAUGGGGGAGACUUUCUCCAUAUUAGGGGAGGCGAUGCUGGCUCUGGAGUGCAUCAAAGAGUACGGAAAAGGUCUCCCCGCUGUGAUCACGCUGUGUGCCCACGUCCCAGAUCAGACGCUGGAUGAAGUUCCAAUACCGGAAGCUUGUCGCCGACUGGAGGAAGCUGGGGCGGUAGUGGUCGGACUCAACUGCUCCAGAGGUCCCAAGACAAUGAUUCCACUGAUACGAGAGAUCAGGAAAGCUUGCAAGGGCCCCAUCGCCGCCAUACCUGUACCGUUCCGUUGUCAUGACGACUGCUGCACAUACUUUUCCUUUAAGGACAGCGAAACAGAUAAGCUUCUUUUUCCAAACAAUCUUGAAUGCAAAAAAUGUUCCUCAGACGAUAUCAGAGAAUUUGCAACAGAAGCAAAAGAAAUUGGAGUGCAGUAUAUAGGUCUUUGUUGCGGGAACUGCUCAGCUUACAUGCGUGAUCUAGCGGAAGUCUACGGCCGACAUCCAGAGGCUAGUCGUUAUUCGUGUGAUCUAUCGUUGUCGUUUGUUUGGGGAAAGAAGAAAGAGUUGAAUAAAUCUGGGGAUAAAGAGUUUAUGUACAUGGUGUAUGGAACAGAUAUUUUGUACCCUACUGUUAUAAAUGUUCCCCAGUAGUAGUUUGAAUUUCAGAAUUUCAUGGAUUUAUAAAUAUUUUAAAAGUGA